UAUAAAUCAUCCAAAUUUGAUUCAAUUUACUUUUCACAGGAAACAUUCCUAGCAGCAAAGAUAGCAGCGGAAGCAGCUUUAACGCUCACCUUGAGAGUUUCGAAAGGUGAACUGAAGAAUGGCUUGGCAUUGAUUCGACCUCCUGGACAUCAUGCUAUGACUAACGAAUUCUGUGGGUAUUGCUAUUUUAAUAAUGUUGCUCUUGCUGCUCAAGAAGCUAUCGAUCAAGGAUUCGCGAAGAAAGUACUUAUUGUGGAUUAUGAUGUUCACCACGGCCAAGGGACACAACGCAUGUUCUACAAUAGAAACGACGUACUUUAUUUUUCAAUACAUCGAUAUGAGCAUGGCCAAUUUUGGCCCAAUUUAAGAGAGAGUGAUGCAGACUACAUAGGAGAAGGUGUGGGGAAAGGUUAUAACGUAAAUGUUCCAUUGAAUGCAACUGGAUUGGGUGAUACGGAGUAUCUGGCAAUUGUCCUUAAUAUCCUGCUGCCAAUAGCUUAUAAGUUCAAUCCCGACCUUAUCCUGAUAUCUGCAGGAUUUGAUGCGGCUUUAGGAUGUCCUGAGGGAGAAAUGAUGGUUACUCCACACUUUUAUGGAAACUUGAUAACACUCCUUUCUGGAUUAGCAGAUGGAAAAAUUGUAGUUUGUCUGGAAGGGGGUUACUUUCCGGAAUCUCUCGCAGAGGGAGUAGUAUGGACUCUGAAGUCCCUUCUCGGAGAUAAUUGUUACCCAAUAGAUAUUCCGUCGGGCACAGAAAUACAUCCAGCCGUCGUUGAUGUCAUCAACAACUUGAAAUUUUUCCUGCGGGAUUAUUGGGACUGCUUCAAGUUGGAUCCGCUGUUCGAAUAUCCAAAAGAGGAAUCUGGGACUGAAUGUGUGGAAAUAGAUUGUGAGGAGGAACAUGUACCACGUUUAUCUUACACGUUUGUGCCACCAAAAGAGUAUUUGCCAUUUGAGACGACCGGUUUUUACCCUAUACAUUCCGAGGAAAAAUAUGACAUGUUCAUAGGAAUGGUGAACGGCCUGAGAAAUGAUUAUGAUAAUGGGCGUUCAUGUAAAAAUGCCAUUGGUUAUGUUUACGACAAUGAAUAUUUGCUACAUACACCAACUCACGAAGCUUGUAGACCAGUUCCAGAAAGGCCAGAGAGAUUACUAAGAAUUAUGGAAUAUUUUAAGGAAUUUGGUGUUACGGAAAGGUGCCAGAUGGUUGAGAUAACUCAUUUUGAUGAAAGGAAUUGGAUUGAGAAAAUACAUGAUGAAAGCUACAUCAACAACGUGAUGAACCAAAAGCAAAUCACCGAAAAAACAGAUUGGUUUUUCAACAAGGAUACCCCCAGCUGCUUGCUAAAAUGUGUUUCCGGAAUAUUAUCGCUCGUCGAAAGUAUUCAUAAGGGUGACGUCAAGUCCGGUGUUGCCUUAAUUCGACCUCCAGGACAUCACGCAACCUACAAUAAUGGCUCAGGGUUCUGUUUUAUAAAUAAUGUGGUGAUUGCUGCGAACUACCUCGUAAAUAAGCGUCGCUAUAAAAGGGUUUUGAUAGUGGAUUUUGAUAUCCACCACGGAAACGGAACUCAAAAUCUGACUUACAAUAGAUCUGACAUCAUGUAUAUUUCGCUACAUCGAUUUGACGACGGCAAAUUUUUUCCAAACGAUCCAACUUCAGAUUACCAGUAUGCAGGUGAAAACGAUGGAUUGCACUACAAUGUAAACAUUCCUUUCAAUAAGAAUAUCAAAACUGACACCGACUAUUGGAACGUUUGGCUCAAACUCGUGCUACCUCUGGCUUUUUCCUAUAAGCCGGAAUUCGUGAUCGUAUCAGCAGGAUUUGAUGCCGGAUACUUUGACCCACUCGGAAAAGGUUACAAACUCUCGCCAGAACUAUUUGGUCAGUUUAUCCAAACACUUAAGCCUCUAGCUUCCAGUAGAAUCCUUGUCGCCCUGGAAGGAGGUUAUCAAAUCGACACCACAGGCUUAUCCAUGACAAUGUGCCUGAAGGCUUUGCUUGGUGAUCCGAUACCUGUACCAAAAUUUGAAGAAGGGCUUGACGAAGACACAGUGCAAACUGUCCAGAACGUUCUCAAAACGCAUAAAAAUAAAUGGAAGAUGUUGAAAGUUAACAAAAAAAUUUCUACGUCUUGUGUAGAAGACUAGAGCUAUGUGCAGCUUUUGAAAAGAGUUUAAUAGUCAUAAGUAUUAGUGAAAGAGAGCGACAGAGUGCCUUAUGUAGAUCGUUUUUGGUACAACGAUUUUUAUCUUCUCUUGUGAAAGUAUUACAUUCAAAAGUAUUACGAUUUAGAUAAAUUCUCCUUUUAUAGUUUAAUAAAAGUAAUAACUUUAAAUUAACUGCUCUCGAAUGUGAUGCUGUUCCUGAUAAUAAUUACACAAUGAUGAUGCCGUAAGAAAUGAAUAUUAUACUACUUGGCUACAAUUCUUAUAUACACUAGUAGUAGGUACCUAACUCAAUUAGUUGAUGGUAAAUAACAGGUAGAAUUAGUAAACCAAUUACAAUCUCAUUUCUUGGUUAUUUAGAUUGAAAUGACAUUAGAAAUGUUCACUAACAGACAUGGCAAUAGUUGCAUAUUUGGUUCAGGUAUUGAGCUGGGAGGGGAGUAUUCUCCAUCAGUAGGGAAAUAAUUUGGAAAACGUAAGGAAUGAAUUCUAAAAAAGAAAUGGUGUUGUAAAAAUUUGGAUGUAUUUAUUUUUGAAGAAAAAAACCUUGACUAUCUUGCCGCAGAAUUCCCUGGAAAAUGGGGAAAAGGUUAUCUUCAAAGGAUAUUACAACUGAUUGUUUUGCUUUGCAAACAAUACUGGAGUUAUUCAACAGCAGGUAAGUUUUUGAGUAUGAACGAAAUUAUUGGCAUUAUGAAAAAACGUUCAAUAAUGGUGAGUGGUCAACAUCCUGUUUGUUGUUCAGCAGGGAACUCGAACGAUUGCUCUUAUUUCCAGAAACUCCAGAAGGUUUAACUUUUGUCCUUUACACUCUACAUGGAGUAUGUCGUACAUAGUGUUAAAAUCGUGAUCGUUCUCCAAAAGGUGGCACACAUAGGUGAAGAACACCAAUUUUACCUGUGCUUGUCACUUUUUGGAGAACUAUCACGAUUUCAACACCCUGUACGAAAUACUCCAUGUAGAAGCUGAAGGACAGGAGUUGAACCUGCUGGAGUCUCUGGAAAUGAAUUAUUUCACCAAAUUUUUGGUGAGAUUUUGCUACACAGGCUGUACCACAGAUUAUCGGACAGGAUAAACUAGUGUUUGUUUUUGUCAUUUCAACACCAAUGGAUUUACAAAUUCCACCUAUUAUCUCUUUCACUAUUAACCAAUAUAUACUGCUGUAAAUAAAAAUUGCAGCCCAGUGUUUAUGAAUAUUAUUGGAGUUUU